CUCUGACGCAGGGUUAAAGGUAAACUGCAGUCUGCAAGUUCUCAAAAGAAGUCACUGUGCUUCGGUGCUAGUAGUAGCUAUUUAGUUCUAGUUGUAAGACUUUAUGCACAAGUUAUCUGAACACCCUGGGCGCUAUCCAAGACUAGAUUGACCACCAGACCAGUCCAGUCGGAGGACCAGUCAGGUGGUGACCCCACUCCCCCCUGGUGCUGCGUCGUCAGGUGAGAGGGCAGGGCAGCAAGCGCUUCAACUUACUGUGAAAUGUUUCGGCGAGCCCUCUGGAAGACGCUGGGUUUUGUCGGCUACACCGUGCAGUAUGGCUGCAUUGCCCACUGUGCCUUUGAAUACCUCGGGGAGUUUGUGGCUUGCACAGGACCGUCCAUGGAGCCCACGAUCACAAGCAAUGACAUUGUCCUCUCAGAACGGUUCAGUAGACAUUUUUUCAGAAUAGACAAGGGAGACAUUGUAAUAGUCAGAAGCCCGUCUGACCCGAGGAUAAAUAUCUGCAAACGGGUGAUCGGCCUGGAGGGAGACAAAGUGUGCACCAGUAGCCCCGGAGACAUCUUCCAGAGCCACACUUGGGUACCAAAAGGCCACGUAUGGCUGGAAGGCGAUAACCUUCGGAAUUCCACAGAUUCCCGCAGCUAUGGCCCCGUUCCCUACGCCCUAAUCCGGGGCCGCGUGUGCUUGAAGCUUUGGCCCUUUAUCAACUUUGGUCCCUUGAGUGACAGUCCGAAUAACAGGGAUACACGAAUAAGCUGACAGCACUGUUCUCUCUGUAGCCUAUGUAAAGUAGUUUUUAUUUUAAAAAACAACUUUGUGAAUAAAUAUUUAU